CCGUAAAUAUUAUAAAUAGUGACCGAGUUACAGUAAACAUGAAACCAGCCAAAUGAAGACAUCUUUUAUCAACAAUGCAUGGCGAUUGUGGAAGAAAGCUGGACCAGCCAAAGUACUGGGGCUGGAUUGUAGUCUUGGCAGAUUUUUUCUGUUUAUUCCUGAUAGCUGGAACCGUACGUUCAACGGGGAUCUUCUAUGACGAGUGGAUGGAAUAUUUUGACGAUGCAAGCUCGGUCACUUCAACCAUUGGGGCUAUGACAGGGGCAGUGGCCUGCCUCGCUGGUCCGAUAGCCAAUACUUUGGCCACACGCUUUGGGACGAGGCCUGUUGUCAUCUCCGGUGGUGUCAUAUCUUCCGUAGGUUUCUUCUCAACCGCUUUUGUUCCUAAUAUCAACGUGUUGUUUGUGACGUAUGGAUUCAUGAUCGGUUUCGGUUUAGCCCUGGUCUACAUCCCGAUGUUGACAGUCCCGCUAUAUUACUUCAAGGAGAGACCGAGUCUUGUCAUUGGUAUAGCAUCAACUGGAAUCGGCGUUGGUGGAAUGGUGCUACCAACUAUCCUUAAAUACCUAAUAGAGGCUUACAGUUGGCGAGGCGUUGCUAUCAUAAUGAGUGCCACGAUGUUGAAUAUUUGUGUUUGUGGCGCGGUGGUCAGACCGUUGCAGGAGGCUGAAGAGAACAGGCCAGACGCACCAAUCACGGCGCAUGGGAAUGUUGCUUCUGGUGUAGCUUGUUCAGACAACACGAACAUGUCUGGCGGGGUCAUCAACAUGACUGUUCCUGAAAUGCCAUUCACAGGUUUUUAUGAUAAUACUGAACGGGUGAUCCUUUCAGCUGAUUACAAUGGUGUACAUGUAGCUGCAGCAAAAGGAUCGUAUGACGAAAGUAUUAGCAAGUACAGUCCUUUUAGUUCAUCAUGUGGUAAAGCAGAUGACGUACAAGUCGGGGACCAGCCUGAUUCCGAACCCCCACAUACUGCGAUUGGUAAAAAUGAAAACGCAAACUUAAAACGCUCAUUCAAACAUAUAUUUACAACUGUUCCAUUCAUAUUAAUGAACAUUAACAUAACUCUUUUCAGCGCUGGUUUUUUUGUUUUACUUGGCCAUCUUACAUCUGCAGUCAUCGAUGUCGGUGGUGUCAGCGACAUAAAAGGGGCGUACGCCCUCACCGUCUUGAAUGGCGGAAGUCUUGCGGGGGCCCUCAUUACUGGAUUUACGCUUUACAGGUUUCCUAAGAUUGAUGUCCUUUUUGUCAUAAUUGUUCAAACGACAGUUUGUGGGGCUUUACUGAUACUCAUACCAUUUGUAUCAUCGACGUACAACUUGUUAUUGGCGGUGUGUUUUGUGGCCGGCUUUACUCUCAAUCCGUAUGACUAUCUCCUGCAGUUAGUUUAUAAGGACAUGGUAGGUUUAGCAGACGUGACUCUUGCCGUUAGUAUAUCUUGGGCCUCUUUUGGAAUUGGUGCCAUAGCCGGCCCUGCCAUUGCCGGAUUCGUGUACGAUAUGACCGGAGACUACGCCAAUUCAUUAUACAUUGCUGGAGCUCUUUACGUCGUUGGCAAUAUUCCGAUCAUACAACCUUGCAUUUCGAAUAUGCGUAGGGGAAAAUGUUUUCUAGCAAAACAAGCUCGAGCUACUAUCAGUGGUGAUGCCGUCGGUAAACAAGACUUUGAUGUCUUUGAUUUCAAAAGCAGACGAAACUUUGAUGCUCUAAACACCAACAGCAAACAAGACACUGAUGAAUUAUACUUGGAAAUUGGAUGCGAACAUCACAUCACUGUAGGUAGAGAUAACCCCUCGUUUCUAGAUAAUAACGGCGACAGCGUCCCUCCGCACUCUCCUCAUUUUGCUGUCGAAGAAAUCACUGUUUCGAUAGACACUUUUAGCGAGGCUGCUGUAGAAACCAACUUGCGGCCUUAAUAUGCUUAUCACCCCAAGUUAAAUACCGUUUUCUGUAGUGUGAAAUCAAAGCCACACCUGAAGCGACUAUCUGUGAUUCUUCUCAACUUAUUUUACUGUAAAACUGCCAAAUUUAUGCGGGCGUUUUGUUAUCGUGGAUUUUGCGAAUAACCGAAAUUCACGAGAAAGACAUCUAAAAAUAUGUUUUUAGAAUGGAAAUUCCGAAUGAAAUUUUGUAAUUGGCCAUUUUAGAAAUGUCGAAUUUCGAAUUUUUUGAAGACAUUUUUGCCAUCCGCAGAUUAAAGAGGAGUGACAAUUUGGCUCUUUUCUGUAAACUAAUGUCAUGUCAGAAAAACAGAACACGCAUUGAAACAGUACUGUUAUCAACGUUAAAAAUAGGAAAGAUGAUGUACGUCAAUUUACGACUUUUUUUCGCUCAGCUGACAAAGUUAGCAAAGCUGGUAAUAUUACUAAGGGAAUGGUGUCUGUCCUCCCUUCCGUGUCACUUUUGGGCAUUUUGUAACCGCAAGGCCUAGGCACUUCGUUGACGCUGUUAAAUUAGGCGUAACCCAAGAUGAACUCAGAAACCAAAAAUCAGCGCGAUCCGACCUACAUUAUUAAGCGAAUUAGAGGUCAUCGGGAAGUUUAAACUUCAUUCCUUUAUACCUCGAUCCACAGAGGAAAUAUUGUUUUCACAUCUGGCCGAAUAUUUUUUGAUAAUUUUUCAUUUUUACUUGUAAUGGAAUUAGUUUAGUUUUCACCGCCAGUUGGCGCUACAGGCACAUUUAACUGAAUUUUUGACGAUUCAAAAGCCCGGGCUACGACGUAUAGUUGCGCAGUUGUAUUCUGUAGCCAAUGUUCUGCUAAAAAGUAGUCAAGUAGGCGAUAUUAUCACUAGUUCCUUUCAGUGGGUAGUCAUAAGGUCUUAAGGGAAUACUUUCAGAAAUUAGUUCUUGAAAGUUUGGCGACAAUUCUGUGAAAGUGCACGCUCUGUUCGCGAUGUAUUUUGAAGUGGAGAAUUCCCACAGUAUGUGCAGUGAAUCGGCAUGAUUCUAUUUGCGUAUUAGUUUUUAGUACUACGAUUCUUACAUGAGUAAAAAGUAGACAUUCCAAGCAACACAAUAAUGUUACUCCCAUAAAAAUUGAUUCAAAAUUGACGGAGCUGGGGCAUUCUGUUCGGCAAUUGGCAGCGCUGAUAAAAUACAUUACAUGCUAAUGUAUGCCAAAUGGCACACUUUAAAAAGCGCUCAUUGGACAACGUAGGGAAUCAUCAGAAAUGACGUCAUCGAUGGUACUAAAUAAAAAAUAGAUGGGUUCCCGAUCGACUCACUGGGGAUACGCAGUAGAGCACAAUGUCAUGAAAAACGACCCUUUGUAAAUUCCAAUCACCUGCAGGACAGGUCAAUUUCUCUCAAUAAAGUUAAUUUUGUUGACUACUGUAAUCUCUACCUUAUCAAAAAAAGACAGUGGUGUUAGUCCCAAACUGGUCAUUUCUAUUUAUUUUGACAUCUGUAGGCUUCUGGUAGAACAUUGAUAUUUCAUAAUUCUGAAUGUUUUUUUUUAAAUAUAUUAAAAAAUGUGUUAACUGGAACGAAAGGCUGGAACGUAGCAUGCACACACCCAUUUACACUUUGAUAUUUUGGUUCACUAUUAUGUCAGUAUGUUAUCCUUAUUUUGACACAAACGUCUACGCGGGUACGUCAAAUCACCGAUAUUAGCAUCAAAAUAGAACUAUAAUAAAUACCACACUAUAAUACUCAGGCUUUUCAGCCCGCCCAUUGAUUGAUAGGCACGCAUCGUCCUCUGUCAGUGUCACUUAAAGGGGACUGCGCUUCAGCUUGUUUUCUGUAGAGGCCGUGGGCAGAAAGAUAGCAGCCAGGAUGAAAGGCCAGCAAAAGCAGAUUUGGUGAGCCGCAAUGAUGGAUUGCACCCAACUUUGGAAGGAAGUAAGGUGUUGACGCAGCUUGUGAAGAUUACUCUCAAGCUACCGGGGGCUCGUACAUCUAAAGUUGAAUAUGUGGUUGUUCGUUAUCCAUAUUCGUUCUGCCAGUCGUGCAGGGCAGCUGGACACGGUUCUGGAAAUUGUCAGCAGUUUUGGUACAAGUGAAGACUAGACUUGGGUGCUUUUAUGUGUUUGUGGUGAUUAUGAUGGUUGUUAUUUGAAUUGUAGACCUAAAAUCUUUUUGCAAUGGUGAAGAGUCUUUAUACAUAUUGUAAGAUUUGAGGGUUUUAAUUUUGAAUUGAUCAGUGGUGAAUCGUAAUAAAUCCAUAAUCUGAAAA